AUGGCGUCACGACGACUUGACAGGACCCUUUCCGGUCUCGCUCGCCGACCUUUAACAUGCCUCUUCUGCGAGGCUCGUCGAUCCUUCACCACUUCCACGCUUCGGCCGGCAAGGAAAGAAAAGCCUGGCGCUGGCGCAUCCUUGGAUCCCCAAGCCAACGUCGCGAAACCCAUUGAAGCUCCACGAAGCUAUGGAAAACGACAAGAGGGGCAAUUCGUCCCCAAACCUCUUCCUCGACCGAUCGGCAUGCCUUUGCCCCCAAAGGCCGGAGAGAACACAGGCAUCGAUAGUCGAACACUGAGCCAGCGUCGUGAGGACUUUGUCAACUACGACAAGCACUUGCAACGGCGAAAGGAGCUAACGGCAAAGAUAUCGCGACCAUACUUUCGAGACUGGGGUAACCUCCAAUACCAUGAGGGUAAAUCAUUUAUCGCGCCCCCGCGCCUCUUCAAGGCCGAGCUGUCACUAUUCUUCCCCAACUUUUACGGCGAAACCCUCUUGAAGACGGACAAGAACCCACGCGAUACCACUCCGCUCCUCACCGGCAAGGCGUCGGUCAUCUGUUUCUUCAGCAGUCGUUGGGCUGAGCAACAGGUCGCAACCUUUACUUCCAAGGAAGAAAACCCCGCGCUUCAUGAAGCACUGGCGAACAACCCCGACACCACACAACUCGUCAACAUCAAUUAUGAGGAUAAUGCUGGCAAGGCCUGGCUGGUGCGGUUCUUCAUGGGAACCCUGCGACGACAGUUCCCCGAGAAGGACUGGGACAAGUAUUUCCUUGUGCGACGUGGUCUCACCGAUGACAUUCGCGAAUCCAUUGGCCUGCUUAACAGCAAGGUCGGCUACGUCUUUCUAGUCGACAAGUACUGCCGUGUUCGUUGGGCGGGCAGCGGAACUGCCCAUCCUGUUGAGACAGAGGGUCUGGCCAAGGGUCUCUCACGCACAGUAGAUGAGAUGGAGCACGAAGCUACGUUACCUGCCACUGCAAAGGAGCAGCACCCAGGCAAACAGCAUCUCGAGGUUCCAAAAAUGUUGUAA